CUGGAUAAACCAUGGCCAAGGCCAUUUGCAUGACCUGGCGAUGACGACAACGACGACGACGACGACGCAUUUCGCCGAUGUCUCCGGUUUGCCAUGAUGGGAAAAUUAUGCUUGGCAAUCGGCAUGGUAUCGAGUGCGAAGAAAGAUCAGGUUAAGGCUCCACGAGAGGAAUGGCUCUCCAGCAGGCAGUUUGACUUUCUGCCAAAGUCUGUCUGUCUGGUGGUGAGAGGAUUAGGCAGACAAAAUAAGCAGGCGGAGCGAGCUUCUUCCUGACGCAGUGAGGCAUUUGACGACGGUGAUUGGGGG